AUGCUUAAUUUGCUGCCAUCGCCGUCUCCAGCAACUGCCACUCCAGCAGACUUGUACAAAUAUGUGCUUAAAGUCAUUCUACUAGAAUACAGUAAUGAAGCCAGAUUCAGGACUCCCAUAAUAGAAAACAACAACCUUCAACCAACUCCAUCAAAACGUGCAUCUCGUUUGAGUAUGAUGAAUGACCAAAUGUUGCCUGAUUAUGCCAUCAGGGCCCUCAAGGAGAAAUUAAAGACAAUCAUGACCAACUCAAAGAUUGUCGAUGAACAAACCAGGCGGUCUUUAUUACGAUUAUACGGAGAAUUGCUUGAUCCUACUCAAGAAAAGUAUCUUAAAAACAUUGACUUUUUAAUCCCCAAAUUUGCGGCUUCUGCCAACCAAGAACUAAAGAUAGUAGCCAAUUAUGCCGAAGAUGACAUGAGUGAAAUUGUUUUCCGACAAACCAGGAUAUUCAUUGAUAUGCUUAUCGAGAUUGUCAGUGUUCGUAGGGAUAAAGAUGCAUCAGUGAUUGCAAAAUUGCAAGACACGAAACGGUCAUUCACUUCCAAGAAACCUGCCCCAAGUUUAGAAUCCCUGGUUACGGGAAGUGUGAGAUAUCCACAGAAAUCAUAUAGACUAACUGAUUUGGAUAAGAAUUACAUCGGGUUAUUGAAAACUCUAUUCACAGUUGACGAUAUCAAGAUUCAGCAGGAUGUGUUUAAAUACAAAGAUAUGGCCCUUGCCAAGCAUGUGCAUAAGGAUUCUAAAGAAUUUCUAAAAUGUGACCCUCCCAUGGAUAAAUUCCCCUCUCGAGAAGUGAUGAAUCAGUGGAAGAAAAGACAAGAGUCAAUUGCAGCUCUGCUAGUUACUAGGUACAAAGUGCCUGCUGAAUUAGCCUUACUUCCUGUUCCACCAAUCCCAGCUGGUGAGCAAUUCCAUAUAUUACCGAGAUAUGGCGAAGAAAGGAGUUGCUUCUUCACCUUGGCCAAAUUGUUAUUAGAGGAACAAGAUCCUUCCGAUUUCAAUGCUGCUGAGAAACCAUUUUUAACCAAGGCGGCCCAGGAUUUACUCUUCAUCUGUGCAAGAAUAUGGCAUAUUGAUUACCCCACAAGAGCAGUAGCAUUAAUGUGUUGUGGACACGAAUCUAAUGUCUUUGCCGAAGAUCCUCGGGAUUUGACUAAUAAGAAGCAAGCUCCCAUAAGCAUUGCUGCCACCAUGAAGGCAUUCCAGACUUGUAAAAAGUUGCUUGAAGAAGGUGGGUUAGAUUGGGAAGACAAGAAUUUAUGGCUCAAAGAUGACCAGGAUGAAUGGGCCCAUUGUCUUGGAUUAUCAUACAGUCAACUAUUUGUGUCGCUUAGAGAAGCGCUCGUGUUGUUAUUUAGCGAAGUUACAAAACCCAAGUUUGGUCCGUAUUUAUCGUUUUUGGAUGAAUAUAUUGAAUCAGACUCUUUGUUUCCAAUAGUUUCCGAGUCGGGAUUACCCAAGAAAUGGGAAAAGAGAUUAACUAAAGCAUUGCUAAAGAUUGCCGGAACCAGAUAUGGUGAGUAUCUUGCCAACCUUCCUCGAGAUGAUACCCUUAGUGUUAUUCAUGUGUUGAAUAUCUGUGAUAUGAUUGUUGACGAUAUUAAGAAGUUACAGAAACGAUACAAGGCUCCACUUUUAGGGUUCUUGAAUGUUGCCCAUACAGUAGCAGCAAUUACCACGGGGAUGUUUGCCAGUGAUGUCCGUGUAAUUUUGACCCACAUUAAAGGGUAUGCUGAAAAGAGAAAAGAACGUAUUCCCUUUGCAGAUGCAUUAGAAGUAUACAAGACAUUAAGUGAAAUUCGAGAUAUCCAUAAUCAAGUAACUCCCGCUGGUUCUAAAUUUGAAUUUGAUUUGGAACAGUUUUUCUUUCCAUAUUUAGAAGCAUGGAUUGAAGAAAGUGACGAAAAGAUCUUGGCAAUUAUUACUGAAGCUCUCAAAAAUGACAACUAUGAACCAAUAGAUCUUUCAGAUGAUGACAAAAAGAAUAGUAAUUCUAUUUUGGAUAUCUUUACAAUUAUCAAGCAGUAUUUGAACGCCCUUCGAGGUCAACAUUGGAGUAAUGAAUUUCAAUUAUCCAAAGUCUACACUAUAUUAUUGCGAAGUAUUUCAAAUGGUGCCCUUUACUAUGCGGAUCAAGUAACAAACAAGAUUCUUCAAGAAUUAGAACCUCCUAAAUUGGAAAAGGAAGAUACUCCCGAUAUUGGCCGAAACUGGUUAGAUGAAGUUAAGAAUGUUGUAUCCAAUAUCCAAAAUUUGAAGAAACCAGAACCCCAAGUGGUAUAUAAUUUCGAACCACAGACAUGUAUCGCAUUGAACAACUUAUCUGCCAUGAUGCAAAACCUCGCCAAAUUGGAAGAGUGGCUUGAUCCAGAAUCAAUCUCGAAUUCCUUAUCUACCUACGAUCCCAAUUCAAAAAAUAGAUACUUAAGUCAUGUGUUUACAUUAAGAAUUGUUCGGGCUGAGAACCUUAAAGUGGCCAGGGAAUCAAGCAAUAAAAUCAACCCAUACGUCUCCUUGGUUGAUUUUAAUGCUAAGCGAUUAAUUGGCAAGACAAGAACAAUUACUCAAUCUUCAGAUCCAGAAUGGGAUGAAGAGUUUGAAAUCACAAUUCCUGCAAAUACCUCAUUUGAAUUGUCAGCAUUGGUAUGGGAUGAGAAAUUUGGCCAGCAUCUACUUUGUGGGAAGGCAUAUUUGGAAUUAAACCCCAGAAAAUUCAAGCAUAAUGGUAUGCCUGAAGAAAUCAUCUUGGAUCUCGAUUUACAAGGGAAAUUAGUUAUUGAAGUUGCGGUGGAAAGUGAAACAUUGGAUGCGAUCUUUGUAAUGGGUAGGGCAUACCGGGCCUUGAAACGUUGUCAAGAACGAGCUAUCAAGAUCAUGGUUGAAAAGUUUUCUGGUUUCAUUCAUGCAUGUUUCUCACGAGCCAAUUUGAAGUCAAUCUGUUCUAAGGGCCAACCUUCAAAGGAGGAUUCCGAAGCUGCAAUCGAACAUUUGUGUGAUUAUUUAAAUAUGAAUUUGUGUGUUCUUAAGGAAUUUUUGAAAGAUGAGAUCUUCAUGAAGGUAAUGGUUGCUACUUGGAAUGUUGUUGUAACCAGUGCUGAUGAACUUGUAUUGCCAAAACUUUCUAAAGCAUCAGUUACAUUAGAGUCAGGAGGUAAUAGUUGGCAAGCAGUGUCAUCUAAAUUCGCCAAUGUCUCGCUUGGAAUUCUUGGUAUUGAUAGUCCCUUAAGUGAUAUUGAAUUGGAAACGGUACUUUUCUGGUUAAGCUUACUUGUUAGUUUUUUCCAUAAUGAAGGAAAUGGCCCACCAAUGGAGGAUUUGAAGACAGAACAAUAUCAAUCAUUGCUUUUGAUUCCUGCUCUUUAUGAUCAAGGUGAUGACUAUUUAAUCGACGAAGUUGAACGCUUAUCUCCUGCAUAUGUCCAAAUGUUAAAUAAUAGAAAUAACUUUGAUAGUGCUCCAACACACACUAACAGACAAAAAUCUAGGAUCAGAAGUGGGUCAUUAUUGAGAAAUAAAACAAUCCUGGCAAAUGCCACCGCUAGAUCAAGAGCCCAGGCAGCAGUUGAAGUAAAAGAAGCAAGAGCAGAUCCUAUCACCAAUCAGACUUUGAAAGAGGAUAUGAUUUUAAGGUUGUUGAUUGCUAGAGGAAGAAAGAAUUUUGUAUCGCAAAGACUUAACCAAAGAUCGAAAUUGGCUUAUAGUAUGGCGACCGAAAGGAUAGCAAGAGCAGCUGUCGAAAGACGAUUCAAUUAG